GUGGUGAGCACGCACGGCAUGGGGGUGCCUUUGGCGUCCGCCUUGUCGGAGUUAAGGCAGGAAGCACAUUGUGACGUCGAAGACAUGGCACCCUUCGGAGUAGGAUGUGACCCAGAAUCGGCUGCGAGGUUUGUUUGUCGCGUUCGACUUUUCAAGCUCGCUUCAACAUGCAGCAGGCGGGGCCGAAAUGAGCGAACGUGUUGGCUUUUGCGAUGUUCAUUCAAGGUAACAGGGCCCCAGAUGUUGUGAUCAACCUAGCUGGGGAUGAACCAUCGAAACAGCGACGGAUGGUAUGCAUAGCUUUUUCACCACCUACUCUAUCCGCAGCACUGGGGGAGGGGCAUCGUUUUUUUUGGUAUGACGCCUUGUGGCUUCAAAUGGCAAAUGGCCAGGAACCACUUGCGGCAGCGGUACGCCAACCAUCCAUCCGUUGACUCAAGAACAUUGCUUUGAAGCACUCCCACCACGACUACUGCCGUUUAGCUUUGAUGCAGGGUACGGCUCGACGCACAUGGCGCGAAUCGUGGGGCAGAAGAAGGCCAGGGAGAUCUGGUUCCUGUGCAGAUACUACUCCGCUAAGGAGGCCCUUGACAUGGGGCUGGUCAACACGGUCGUGCCUCUCGACGCGCUAGAGCUGGAGACCUUGAAGUGGUGCCGACGAAUAGUCCAGAACAGCCCUACGGCGAUAUCGUGCCUGAAGGCGGCCCUCAACGCCGACGAGGACGGACAGGCGGGCGUCAUGCAGCUCGCUGGCAACGCGACGCGGCUCUUCUACCUCUCCGAGGAGGGCAAGGAGGGCAAGAACGCCUUCCUCGAGAAGCGAAAACCCGAGUUCCGGAAGCUGCUCACUUCCAAGUUGUGACCCCACGCAUGAGUUGCUGCUGCCGGUUUUCGUCCUUUGGGAUGAUUGCACAGCAGGAAGCGAGAGGAGAGAGCUGGGUGUCCGAGGGAUUCUUAAGGCUGAUCGCUUCCAAGUUGAGACCCGACGCAUCUGUUCGUUCUCUGGAAUGACCGCACAGCAGGGAGAGAGAGAGAGAAAGAGAGAGCUGGGCGUCCGAGGAGUUCCGAAAACUGUUCACUUUGUUGUGUUUUGGCCCGAUACGCCGCGGCGUGCCCCCU